AUGCGGCCGUCGUGGUGCCAGACUGUCCAGGCUCCUCGAAAUGUGGUUGCCCAGCUUCUGACGCCUCAGCCAGAUCAUCGGCUCCUUUUGCUCGCGCCCGCCCUCCGACUUUACAACCACACCGAUAUGACGCUGGCAGUCCGGUUUCAUGAAGAAGCUCGGGCGACGGUGGUCAAGCAUUUGGACUCCGCGAUCUGCGACGCCGCACUGCUGGGGCUCAAGCCUCCGUAUGAGCCAGCGGACACGGAGACAAGUGCAAGUUGCAAGAGCUCGGACAAUGAGUGGGUAUGUCUUCCUCCGAACAGCAUCUGCGCUGUGCCUUCGGCAGCCACACGUCAGGAUGCAAGUGGCGCAAAGACGAUCAUCAGAGGCCUUCGACCAGCUGGGAGCCAAGAGGACUUCAGCAAACCGAGUGAGGUCGGCCGGAAAGCCGUGGACGGCAUCUCCUGCAAGUCAGGAGCCGGCGCAGCAAAAGGCGGAUACGCUGGCUCAGCCACAGCACCCCUUCACUUUUUGGUGGUCCAGGACAGCGAAGCCGUAGGUGCUUCCACUCACGGCACGCAGCAGAUCAAGACCCUGGCCAUCCGCCCCAGCAUGGUUUUCAUGAACGCUCUUCCCUUUGGACCACUGGGCCUGAACAUCGCCAGCACCUCGCAGAAAGCCGCGCCGGUGGCCGUCGGCGCCUUGCAGCGCGUGAACUUCUACGGCCUCAGCAUGCAGGAGAUGCGUGGUGGCCUGACCUUGGCCGGACAGCUGGGGCCGAAGGCGCCCUGGAGCGGCAAGGUAAACCUCGAGGGCAACGACAUCGUAGAUGUCACUGAGAAUGUACAGGGCGACGAGGCCAAGAUGCUCGAGAUGACGGACAGCACGAGCGGAGCGCCGGCAGCGAUCUCCGUGGAGUGCUUGGGUCAUGGCCAGAUUCGCAUCAGCUGCUCCCAUUGGCUGAUGGAUCGCAGCGGUGCGCAGGACAAGGGCCUUGGCAAGCUUGAGGUCUACUACCAGGGUGCUAGGCUGCCAUCACGUGACGGCAUCACACUGCUUCAUGCGGACUGCUUCGAGAACCCUUGUGAUCUCGUUUUGUGUCCUGAUGGGAAGGUGGCCAAGGCCAAGCAGACAAUGAAGAUGCCACCAAGCUUUGAGAGCUUCGUUUGGAACACGCCCUCCGGGAGUCUGGAGAUGACUCUUCGCAUUGGGAGCAUUAAGAGCAGCAGUGUGCACGGAGCGACGAGUAUGCAGUUCACGUUGGCCCCGCGCCUGGUGCUCACAAACGCCUCGGAUUUGGAGAUCGAGCUCGAGACUCCUGAUAAGAUGAAGAUACGAUGGAAGCCGCGCGAGUCUCGGGUGCUGCACUGGAAGGCCACUAUGGAAGCCGUGGACCCUUUGGCCACCACAUUCCGCUUCCGACCCCUCGGAGCCAGCCAGUGCGAGUUCUCAGGUGUUGUCUUGUGCAGCGACGGGUCGGCUGGUUCCACUCCUUUCACUUUGAAGCGCCAAGGAGGGGGUCUCGAGGUGUGGAGCGUCGACGUGGCCCCGCUUUACGGCAGCAUGGGGGUCCUGAUCCGCCCCGGCUCCGACUUCAUCGCUUGCAACCUACUGGAGAACAGGAUGGAAGUGCAGGAAGCAGGACGACCACAGGAGAAGAUCAUCGUGCCAGCAGGUGGAGAGAGCGUUCCGAUCGGAUGGUGCAUGCCCUUUUCGGGCAAGCGAUCGCGAGCCGUUCGGGUCAUCGUGGACAAGGAGGUGGUUGAGAUUGCGGAUCUUCAGCGAACUGCCCUUCGGCCCUUGAAGACGCCGGGACUUGCCCUACGCGUGAUGCGCAGCGGGAAGACCACGAAGCUGAGUCUGGAGGAGCUCCACGAGAAGCAGCAGGUACAAGCCAAGUCCGAGGCCUUUCAGGCAUCCUUUGAGCUCCACGUCAAGCUGGGCCGCGCCGGGAUCUCGCUGAUCGACGAAAGCCCGCCGAAGCCUUGCGAGCUCUUCUUCUUCUCCCUGGACAUGCUCCGCCUCGAGUAUCUGCAGGAUGCCGCGCGAGAUUCCGAGAAGAUCGCCGUGUCUGUUUCAGAGGUGCAAGGCAUCUGCCAGCUGCCUGAGCGGACAAACGACGCGGACAAGAUCAGCAUGCUGGAUCCCAGCCAGCUCCAAAAGUUGCCAGAGAACUUAUUGCAGAACAAGGAGCUUCCGGCCGUCAUUUUGGCGAACCACUCCGCAGGAGGAAAGUCCUUCCUGCAGUUCCAGAUGACUCGCCAAGCCACCUCCUCGAGGGACUUGCUGCUCAGCGCAGCGCAGCUCGAUGUUGACAAGUUGGACUUCACUGUGGACGAGAAGUGGCUGACCCCGCUGCAGCACUGGCUUUCGCACACGUUCGGCUCAGGGGGCUUCGACAUCUUCGGAGUCGCUGCGGACCAGCUCCUGGAGGUGGCCGGGAAGCCGAUCACCGAUGGCUAUGUCGCGCCCGACGUUCCCGCAGUCGUACAAGCAGAAGAUGUAAACAUCUCAGCAGUGGACACGACCGUGUGGUGCUCCCUUCGGCUAAAGUACCUGGAGUUCCUGCCACAGUAUGUCCGCACUGCGCUGAAAGUCCUCUCCUUCAGCAGCUACUUCACACUGGAUGGGGUGGGCCUACUCCUCCCUGCUCGACAUCUCGAACCUCACCGGGGAUCCUUGCAGGACUACGCCGUGGCAAUCGUAAGCGACUAUGGAACGUCGAUCUUGGCCCAUCUGGGAUCACUUCUAGGCAAAAGCUCGCUGCUGAAUCUACCAAAGGCUCCACUGAAGCUGGGAGGUGCGGUUGUGGCGGUCAUGGGAGACAAGCUCACUGAUGUGACGACUGGAGCGGCGUCGCUCCUCAGGAACUUCACCAUGGAUGACGAGUACAUCGCCAAAAACCGAGACAGGAAGAACAUCACGGGCGCCAACCAGGGUUUUGCAGCAGCCGGCAAGACCCUAAUGGACGGAGUCGAAGGAAUGUUCGACGUGGUGACAAAGCCCGUGGAGGGCGCAAAGAAAGAAGGACUAUGGGGCUUUGCAACAGGCUUGACCAAAGGAGUCGCCGGAAGCAUCGUGAAGCCUGUUGCCGCCAUCGGCACAGCUAUCGGUGAGGUCGGAACUGGCCUUGCCUCAACGACCAACACUCUGAACGACAACGAAGCGAACCAGCGCCGACGGGCUCGCCGGCGCUUGCGGUUGCCGCGGCUGCUCUUCGGAGAGUUGGGAGAGGUUCGCCCUUUCGUGGACUUUGAGGCUCAACUCUAUCACAGGUAUGGGGAGAACAUCCGCGGCGUUUGCGAAGCCGUGGUCCUUGACAGAGAAGAGAAAGGUGGAGACCUCUUGAUCACCGCUAUGCUGCUGUUUGUGGAUCAGCUUGCAGUGGCAGUGGCUUCCAAUCAGGCCCGCAUCAGCUCUGUGGCAUCAUUUCCAUGA